ACCUCAACCAAGUCCAGCCCCUCGAGCCAAAGAAUGGAAGUGACGGCCCUCUUGACUUCUUGCCUCUGAUUAAAGUGUACACAGCUGUAUUUGACAUCUUGGGUUUCAAGACUGGUCCCGUCUUGUCGUUUUUCUUCAAAAGCAGUAAGCGUAGAUGGACGUACGGAACAACUCUGCCAUGACACAUGCUCCAUGAUUGUACUGAAGUCAUAAAGAAAGAGGAAAGAGUGACAUUACCUGAAGAAUGAACAGCAACCAGGAAACACCAGAUAUCCAUGAAACAGAGUUUGGAGGUUCUCCUUUGCCCAAACAAAAGAAGAUCAUCCAUUUCUCUAGUGGUGAAACUUUGGAGGUGGAAGACAGUGAGGAUGAGGAAGAAGAGGGGCAAACAACAAACACAACCCCCUUUGAAGAACCUGCAGAGAAGACAAGAUUGUCAUUUAAGAAUGUGGCCACUCUAGUUGGGAGGAUGUCACUGCUGGCUUGUGAUUUCCUCGGAGAGAGACUAGCUGGUGCUCUUGGACUUAAUUCAGCCAAGUACCAGUAUGCCAUAGAUCUGCAUCGUCGGGAACACAAGACAACAGAUGAUCACAUAAAGGGAGAAGCGGAGACAAUGCACUUCUCUCCUUCACUGGGCAGGAGGCUUUAUGGAGCAACUGAACAUAAAAACUGUCCUUCUGACCCCAAGAAGAGCUGUGAUGAGGGGCACAUGGACAGACAAAAAGGCUGUCUCAACAGAGGGUAUCAAGAAGAUGAGAACAACUUAAAAUAAAACUAAAGGAGAUGCAGCAAGAGAAUGUGAAAACCCAAUAAUGUACAGUGAAAUAAAGUAUGCUGCUUUUA